UGAUCGCAGUUUGUAACAAUUUCUCUGAUUGAUUGGUUAGCGCGUUUAAGGGAAAUGGCCCGGUACAUAGCGUCCAAAAUGGUCCAAGACGGUACAUUUCUUCUUCCACGCUUUGCCGGUUUGGUUCCUCCUGACGUGUUACCAAUUCACAAUGGCCCAAAAGGAGCAAAAACAUUUUCUCCUAGUCUCUGUCCCGGGCUACGGGCACACUAUCCCCAUGGUAUAAGGAUUGGCGAGUAAGCUGGCAUCUCGCCAACACAAAGUCACCUUCGUCAUCUGCAAAUCCGCCGUGGAACAUAUUCGCAAGAAGCAAGAGAUUACUACGGAAGAUGAGAAAACCAUCCAUGUUGUCGGACUGGAGGACGGCAUCCCGGAGAAUGAAUCAGAGGAUAUCGUCAGCUACACAUCUUUCUAAGGAUUCAAAGACAAUGGUGUGCCGGCAAUGCAAAAGCUGAUUAAAGGUCUCCCUGUCGCUAGACAGCCGCCAGCAGAUGGUGAAGAACGCUACGGUAUAAAAGUGCCGGUUAAUGCGUUGGUGGCGAAUAUUUUCAUUGCAGCCAGUUUAGUCGGAUGUGUUGAACGAAAACUGCCCUACUAUUUUCUGAACUGCUCGGCUAUCGGACCGUUCCGCAGUAUGCUGUAUGUCACCGAGCGCACACCGGUAACCGAGAAGAACGACUUGGAAAGUUUUGAGACUGUCCGCCCUGAGUCGGAAGGUCCGCAACCGGCCAUCGGUCAAAUGAUGAAGGGGAUGCGUUUAGCCAUUAAUCAAUUCUUGUCUACCGGCAACGGAAUCCUUAUCAAUUCUUUCCGGGAAAUUGAGCAGCGUUUCAUCGAUGAGAUCAAACAGGAUUCGCGUAUGAGAAACAUGGAGUAUUACUGCGUUGGACCGUUUAUGCCGGAAGAGAAGGAUGAUAAAAAUCCCAGCCAUGCCGAACUGGGACAAAAGGUCACGCGUUGGCUGGACCGUCAACCUGACAAUUCAGUGGUGUAUGUGUCGUUUGGCUCUGUGGUCGUUCCCAACGAGAGCCGUAUCGUGGAGAUAGCUAAGGCUCUGCAGGCAUUGAAGAAGCCGUUUAUUUUCUCCAUCCGCCAACAUCAGCAAUCCAUUCUGCCAGGUGACGUACACGUCGGCAUCGAUACCCACUUGGACAACCCGGAAGCACCAGGACUAUUUCUGCACUGGGCACCACAAAAGCUAAUUUUGGCCCAUCGAGCCACGGCGGUUUUUGUUAGCCAUUGCGGAUGGAACAGCACUAUCGAGAGUCUGUUCAACGGCAAGCCAAUUGUUGGUUGGCCGAUUUUUGGGGAUCAGAUAGAGAAUUCAUUGUGGAUUGAAGAGAUGUUUUUGGGGGAGUCAUUGCUUCGCCGCGAGCACGCUGAUAAUGAUGAGGAGAAAAAGAACAUCACGAGCGAUAAAAUUGUCGCAGCUGUUCGGCGCGUUGGAUAUGAGAGUGAUGCGGCACGGAAGUCAGCGCUGCAAUGGAUCGAAGGAUAAGAUUCGAAAGGCCGUUGCACCGGGUGGAAGCUCUAACAGUGAAUUGCAAGACUUUACUGAUGCCGUAGUGUAAUGCCGUUUGCCAACUCCAAUUAAAUUACUAUACUUUCUACGGAUAUUUUUUUGCGUUGCUUCCCUGUUACAUAAUUAUUCUCGAUGUUAUCGAGCUGUCAGUACUCACUACAUAACUGGAGAUAAACGCACGCU